AUGGUACAGGAGAGGGGUGCACAAAUUGUGUCGUCUCAAGAACUUCAAGGGGUCCGAUCAACGGGGCUAAACUACAACAUCAGUGUAUCGAGGAAACAUACAGGCCGAAGUUCUGUUCCCGGCCCCAUGUUACCCAGCUCGUCUCUCUACACACAUAGCAUGAUUGGUUCCAUGGGGCAAGGCGAAUCGGAAGAUCAGAGUGACAUGGCGUAUGAGUGCGGCGCAAAGCAGUAUCAGCAAGUCCAAGGGUGGAUGAAUGGCUAUGGCAGUGAUCAGUCAAUUGACUAUGUGACGAAUCACCAAGCAGCGCCAGGCAACGACCAUCAGUACAUGAUAGGAUCAUUUCGCUCCGAGGCAGAUCCAGUAGUUGUGAGAAACAACAGCAUGGUGUAUGCGGACGCGGGCGCGGCAUAUGUCUAUGGAAAUACAUCUGGCCGACAAACGACUGCAGGAGAAGGUGGCUACACUCUUCAUGGGACAGUCCCGUGCUAUGCUGAAUCGACCACUGGCGACAAUGGAGAAGUGGCACCUUCGACAUCUUCCAGACGAUUGAGACCUUGUUCUGCGAGCUCGAUGGGCCUGGGUCGUCGAGCUACAGCAGCUCUAAACGACGCAGAUCAGUCCGCGAUAAUCGAUAUCCAUGGAAAUAACUACCACGGAUACGAUGCUGGUGCCCUCGGUACAUAUCAUGCGGCAGCAAUGGAUCGUGGGACCAACAUGUACACUACGUCUGCGCCAGCUGAGGAGUUUGGGCAGGGAGGUUCGCUCCGGCCGUCUUUACCAGGAUACCCGUACCGCUACACGGACACCGCGCCGGAUCGUGGACAGGCCAACGCAAGCUUGACCACCGUGGAGGGCCAACAGUACCUCGCGCAGGGUCGCGGACAGUUUCUCGAUUCAACCCUGUCAACAGGAAACGAUGGUAUCAACGGCCGAGGGCAUAUUUCCGCCAGUCUUCAAGGCUGA